CCCCAAUUCCGCGGUCUACCAACAUGUUCAUCCUCCGAGUUCACUCCGUCGACCCCCACCACCCUCUCGAUCUCGAGGAGACCGCCUUCUCCGUCGUCUCCUCCGCCGCCACCAAUCACCCGGAGACCAUCUCUAGCCGGAACCCUAAGUACGGUGAACGGAGAGGCGUCGUUCACCUGUACCGGAGCGCAUCGCAGAGUUCGCUCCCGAACCCUAGCUCCCGCUCCACUUCGCUCUUCGUCGUCGCCGUCCCCAACUACUUGUCCCCCGAUGGGUUCGUCCGGUUCUGCGAGACCCACAUCGACAGUGUCCUCGAGCUCGUCUUCAUCAGAAAUGACGGGAUGGAAGAUCGGUAUAGCGUGUUGAUCAAGCUCGAUUCCCAAUUGGCUGCCGAUAGAUUCUACAACAACUUCAAUGGGAAACGAUUCUCUCCUUCUGAGGCAGAGGUAUGCCACAUCUUGUUCCUGCUCUCAGUGGAUUACACCGAUUCGGCUGAGGUUGCCAGCACUCCUCCGGCAGGGUUCGCGGCGUUGCCUACUUGUCCAAUAUGCCUUGAGAGGUUGGAUCCUGACACUAGUGGAAUAGUCAGUACCCUUUGUGAUCAUUCAUUUCAAUGUUCAUGCACUUCAAAGUGGACGUAUCUGUCUUGCCAGGUCUGUAGAUAUUGUCAGCAGGAGGACGAGAAACCGACCUGUGCUGUUUGUGACACGUUGGAAAAUCUCUGGGUUUGUCUGCUUUGUGGCUUUGUUGGUUGUGGAAGGUAUAAAGAAGGGCAUGCGGUAAGGCAUUGGAAACGUACAGAGCACCAAUACUCUCUUGAUUUAAGAACUCAGCAAAUAUGGGACUACGUUGGUGACAACUAUGUCCAUCGCCUAAACCAGUCGAAAGCGUAUGAUAAGUCUGUUGAUGUGAACUCUAACUGUACAUACAUGGAAGGAGAUUGUGGUACCUGUGAGUGUAGUAGUGACGAUGCUGGUUUUGGUGGGGCUCUCUAUAAUAGCAAAGUUGAAGCAAUUGUUGAUGAGUACAACCGUCUUCUUGCAAUACAGCUAGAGACUCAAAGACAGUACUACGAAUCUUUAAUAGCAGAAGCCAAAGGUAAGCAAGAAAUCUCGAUCUCGGGAGCAGUGGAGGAAGCUGUGAGUUCAACAAUGCAGGAGCUCCAGAAUAAGCUGGAACUAUGUGAACGUGAAAAGAAUGCAGUGGCAGAAGUCAACCGAGGUCUCAUAAAGGAUGAAGACACUUGGCGUAAAAAGGCCAAAGAAAUAGAAGCUAGGCAAUCUUCAUCUUUAAGUUCCAAGGAUGAGAUGAUACUUGAUCUAGAAGAACAGAUUCGAGAUCUUACAGUUUACCUUGAAGCUCAGAAGACUCUGAAUAAGAUGACAGAUCCUAGUGACAUCCGCGAAGGGACGUUAUUACCUGUGCCUUUGAAGCAGUCCUCCCCAGCCAAAACCAAGAGGAAUGCCAAGUCGAAUAGAAGACGAAAUUAAAUAGUGUACCAACUGUAACCAAUCUUGCACAGGGUUCUGCAUUCUUGAAACUUCAGUGUUGUGUAUACAGGAGUUGUCUCGAAGAAAGAAGCAUUGUUCGUGACUUCGUGCUCUGUUCGACCUCAAAACCUCUCGUUGUACAAUCAUUUAACCUACUGUGAUAGAUAACCAUUGUCUGUUCCAAGCCUUAUCUGCUCGUAGAGUUCGUAUAAGAUGUAUUUUGGUUCUUGCUCCCUGAUACCUUCGUUUAGUGCUACGAUCCGGUACAUUGCAGCUAAUGUCAACAUUGCAUUUUACACUUCA